GCUGGCUUGACACUUCCCACCUCACCUCAAUUGCAUUACCCGGCCUUCCCUUAUCUGUCAGCAUGGGUAAAUCUUCCAAGGAUAAGCGCGAUGCUUACUACCGCCUGGCCAAGGAGCAGAAUUGGCGCGCCCGCUCCGCCUUCAAGUUGAUCCAGAUCGACGAGCAGUUCGACCUAUUCGAGCACGAGAACCCGGAGAAAGUGACCCGCGUCGUCGAUCUGUGCGCCGCCCCCGGCAGUUGGAGUCAAGUGUUGAGUCGGGUGUUGAUCAAGGGUGAGAGCUUCGGGCGCCGCGCUUGGGUCGAGAAGAAGCGCCGGGAGAAGGAAGCCCUGGAGCGGAUUCAGAACGAUAGCAGCAGCGAGUCGCAAGCCGCGAAUGACGAUGGAACGACAACAAAUGAAGAAUUGAAGCCGCGCAAAAACGUCAAGAUUGUCUCUAUCGAUCUGCAGCCGAUGGCUCCCUUGGAGGGCAUCACGACCCUCAAAGCCGACAUCACUCACCCCUCCACCAUCCCUCUCCUCCUCCGGGCCCUGGACCCCGAAGCCUACGAAUCCACAACCACCGACUCUUCGAACACAACCUCCUCUUCUACGUCUCCCACCCCGACCGCUCUCCGACCCCCUCAUCCCGUCGACCUAGUCAUCUCCGACGGCGCUCCCGACGUGACCGGCCUCCACGACCUGGACAUCUACAUCCAAUCACAACUCCUAUACUCCGCUCUCAACCUCGCCCUCGGCGUCCUCCGCCCCGGCGGCAAAUUUGUCGCCAAGAUCUUUCGCGGCCGGGACGUCGAUCUCCUCUACGCCCAGCUCCGCACCGUGUUCGAGAAGGUCAGCGUGGCCAAGCCACGGAGUAGUCGCGCGAGCAGUUUGGAAGCCUUUGUGGUUUGCGAGGGCUUCAUCCCCCCGUCCAUCCACGACGGACUAAAGGGUAUGGAGGCGCUCAAGAACCCCGUCUUCGGCGGUGUAGCGGUUACGGCUCCUACGGCUGCCGGUAACGUAGCCGUCGAGGUUUCGGACGAGACACCAGGUGUACACGCGACAUCAGUGCAGGUGAACCAUCCGGCCCCUGCCAACACCACGCUCAAUGACACCGCGCGGCUGCUCCACCCCGAGUCAUUGGCCUCUGCUGUUCCGGAACCGUUGGCUUAUAAACCCCUUUCUGAGAAGUUCGCCGUCGAGAACCGCUGGAUCCCUCGGUUUAUCGCCUGCGGUGAUCUCUCCGCGUGGGACUCGGAUGCCUCGUACGCUUUGCCUCCGGAUCAUGUCAGCCUCGAUCCGGUGCAGCCGCCUACGGCGCCUCCGUAUCGGCGGGCUUUGGAGUUAAGGAAGGAGAAGGGUGGAGCUUAUGGAAAGACAAAACUGGGAGCUAUGGGUCGGGCAUGA